AAAAUUGAAAAAUAUUUCAAAUAUCAAACCCAUGGAGAACAAACACAAGAUAAUUUUUAUCUCUUCUAAAACUAAAACCAAACUAGAAAUUUAGGAAGAUUGAAUGAAUUGACUGAAAAUCAAUUAACAGACAAAAAAAAUUAUUAUGAGAGAAUAACAAUCUAUGAUUUUCCCAAUUGUUCACUCCCUUUCUUUAUCUGUUUCAAUUCAGGAGAUGCUUUAGAACCAUUCUUGAAGCUCAGUGGAAGAGAAAUCAGGGAAAUGGGUCUGGGAAAUCUGAAGCAAUUGACACCUUUUGUCAAAGAAGCAUUUCAACAAACACUACUCGUGGCCAAAUUCCUCUGUGGUCUUCAUGUCACCAACACCUACCUCUGCACCUUCGCUCUCACUCAAGGUCCAAGCAUGCUUCCAACGUUUAAUCUGACCGGCGAUCUCGUUUUGGCCGAAAGGCUUUCGACUCGGUUUGAGAAAAUGCAACGGGGCGAUGUGGUGCUAGUGCGGAGCCCCGAAAACCCGAGAAAGAUUGUGAUUAAGAGACUCAUUGGUGUGGGUGGUGAUACUGUUAAAUAUGUUGCGGGUCCUGGAAAUAAUGACAAAGAACAUACUAUUGUGGUACCAGAUGGACAUGUUUGGAUUGAAGGGGAUAACAAGUUUAAUACCACUGAUUCAAGGAAAUUUGGACCUGUUCCUUAUGGACUUGUACAGGGCAGAGUCUUUUGGAUUGUAUGGCCUCCUGAAGAUUUUGGAUCAGUUGGAAGAGAAGUACAAUAGAUUAACCUUUCAAGAUGGACUUUCAACAUGACUCCGGAGCUCAAAAGAACUGUACAAACCCUUGAAAUAGAUGAUUUCUGACUGAGAUUUGGGACACUUCUUCCAGGUUGCUGUAGGGUAUUAAAAGUCAUAACUUUUGAAGAAGUUAUCUGAACUUGAUUUGUGAUAAAGCUUCAUGUACCCACCUAAUAAGAGGUAGCAAAAUGUUUAGGAAUCAACUAUUCUGCUUAGGUUUCUUCCAAGUGUUUCUGCCUAAAUCUUUUCUUUUUUGUUUUGGGUAAAUCAAAUUUCGUCCUAGUGGUUUGCCUUUAGGAAAUAUGCACCUUUUCAAACUAAGCUUCUUCUUUGCUUAAUGUUUGAUCUAUCGUAUUGCGUCCGAAUAAUAAUUGUAUAAAAGUAUCAAACUUCAUUGGCUGUGGCCUGCGGGUGAAAAGGUGUGUGCUUGGUAGGAUAUGACAAGACUAUGCCUCAUAAUGUUGUAUCUUUUGGUAGUAUUGUGAUUCUUUUGUUAAAUUGCUUUCCAUAACUAAGGUCUUAUUAGAUGGCAUUCUAUUUUGUUGGACCAUGUGAUUGCCCAUU